AUGACAGCAAAGGGUGUCCUCCUCAAGAAUGAGAGAGAAAGGCCAUCAUGUUUCGACCCCGACGAUCCGGAGUAUGUUAAGGAUUUGCAGCGGCCUGCUGUCAUAAAAGAAGACCUGACGGAAAUGGAACGGAGAAAGCGAGUUCAAGAACUUCUGGAAUCGAAGAGUUUCUGUCAAGAACUGGAGGAGGUAAUUCGUCAAGAUUCCAAUAGUGCUCGUGGAGAUCCAGAACAAUUGAAGCCACUGAAAAGGCUUUCCGAGUUGAAAAUGCAUGCAGGAGCAAUGACGCUAAAAACCUUGCCUUCUAUUGGAGCAUCUGCCGUUCCAAUAGCAGAUCUUAAGAGCAACGACAACUAUUCAGUGCAUGAAAAAUUGCAGAGGAACAAGCUGGCAUCACUCUUCCGACUGGUAGAUUUGUUCCAAUGGUCGCUAGGAAUUCAUAACAAUAUUACGCUACGCUUACGCAAUGAUGAGAAUUAUGUCCUUAUCAACCCUUUUGGGUUACUAUAUCAUGAGAUUACUGCUGGAAGUUUUGUGAAACUCAAUCUGCAAGGCGAUAUCGUUGACCCAGGGACUACGAGCCUAGGUAUAAAUAAG